UGUACAGAGAAAGCUUUCCCUGACCCCCCUACCAGCAGGGACACAGAUACCUCCCACCUUUCGCCAUGGAGUUUCCCAGUUUGGACAGACCUCACCCUGAAGAAUGGGAGGGGAUAAUACAAAACUGACUAAAGCUGGAAAUAUCUGUCAGUCUUUGGGGUAAUGAGUUAGAAGAGCAGACACAUUGGCUUGAGGGGCAGACCCUUAAUUUGCUGACACUUUUUUCCAGACGCAGCAACAAGAGCUAUUAUUUUGAAGACUAUUAUUUUCUUACAUCUGACUUGACCCUGGACACAUUCAACGUUUUGACAGAAAAGUUGGUGGAGUGUUUUGUUGUGUCAGAACCACAGGAGAUAUCAUCACUGUUUGUGUCAGACUGUGGCCAUGUCGGUUGACAGCAGCGUGUCGAAGGAGGUGAAGCCAGAGAGCGUGUUGCUGUGUCCCCUGGGCACCACAGCUGCCCCUGAGCAGAAGCUGCUGUGUAUCUUUGGGACUGGGGACCUCGGGCGAUCUCUGGGCCAGCGUCUGCUCCAGUGUGGCUACAGGGUGGUGUAUGGCAGCCGCAGACCUAACAGCUGUGGCCCCUUGCCUCGGGGAACUAAGGCGAUGAACCACGAGGCAGCAGCCAUGUCAGCCGCUCUGGUGUUUGUUUGUGUUCACAGAGAAAACUAUGACUUCCUGGAGGCUCUUGCACCUCAGCUCAAGGAGAAGGUGCUGGUGGACGUCAGCAACAACCUCAAGAAGAAUCUAUACCCAGAGUCCAAUGCUGAGUAUCUGCAGAGGCUGAUCCCUGGAGCUCACGUGGUGAAGGCUUUUAACACCCUGUCUGCCUGGUCCCUGCAGAACGGACCCUCGGAUGCCAACAGACAGGUGUACCUGUGUGGGAACAGUGUCCAGGCAAAGCAGGCAGUAGAAGAGAUGGCCACCAAACUGGGCUUUGCUGCUCUGGAUAGAGGGUCUCUGUCAGCGGCUGGAGAGCUGGAGGACUUUCCCCUGCAGCUGUUCCCAGAGUGGAGGCUGCCUCUACGCGUGGCUGUCGGCCUCACCGCCUUCUUCUUCUUCUACUUACUUAUGAGAGAUGUUGUUUACACGUAUGUUGAACAAGGGAAAGACAUCUCCUUCAGAAUCAUGGUGUCCCUGGCCAACAAGGUGUUUCCCAUUGUGUCUCUCAUCAUGCUGGCUCUGUGUUACCUGCCUGGUGUCAUAGCUGCCUUCCUUCAGCUCUACAGAGGAACCAAGUACAGGCGUUUUCCUGACUGGUUGGAUCGCUGGAUGCUGUGCAGGAAACAGCUAGGACUGAUAGCACUUGGCUUUGCUUUUCUACAUGUUUUGUACACUCUCAUCAUCCCCAUAAGAUAUUAUGUGAGAUUCAGGAUUUCUGAAAGUACCAUCUCACAGAUCAGGGAGAACAGAACGUCAGUGUUUGACACCACAAGGGCCUGGCGUGCAGACUCUUACUACUCUAUGGGGAUUCUGGGAUUUGGCCUGUAUGUCCUGUUGGGAAUAAGCUCUCUCCCCUCCGUCAGCAAUGCUCUCAGCUGGAGAGAGUUCAGCUUCAUACAGUCUAAGCUGGGAUACCUGACGGUGUUCUUCUGUACUUUUCACACUUACCUGUACGGCUGGGACAGGUUCCUUUAUCCCUAUUCGUACAAAUGGUUCACUCCUCCGGGCUACCUCCUAUCUCUGGUGGUGCCCUCUGUGUUGAUUGUGCUCAAGCUGCUGCUCCUCCUACCCUGCGUGGACCGCAGCCUCACACGCAUUCGACAGGGCUGGGAGAGAACGGAUCCAGAAGACGGCAGUGAGAAAGCUCUGCUAACGUAGAGACCAUCACAAUAACAGCCGCAACAAAAUUGGAAUUGAGACAAACACAAAGAGAUCACAGCCUUUCAAAGCGUUAUCAAUAGGUAACCCUGGCACAUUGUUCUGGAGGUUAUAGAUCCAAGCCUGUACAAUUGAAACUAUUGUUCUGCUUAUGAUUGAAACUCCUUUCAGUCUCUCUUUAUGUGAUCAUCUUGGAAUUGCUCCAAUUUGUUCACAUCGUUUCUCAAUAGCACUGUGAAGGCUUUCAUUAGUUAAACAAAUACCUUGAACACUAGAGAAUCACAGACAGACACAUAAAAGCAGCCUUGCAACAGAGAGUUAAAUGUUUUUAUGAUACCCGUGUACAGGGAAAGGGUCCAACUUAGUUGUUUAUCACCCUUACAUCAGCAGCAACACGUUUCACUUGAAUUACUAUACUUCAUACAGUACGUUCUAUCAACCUUCAUCUAGAGUUUUUGGCGGGUUAUGUAUAUCGGAUUUACUUUGUAUCUUUUUUGUAUAUUUGAAUUGUUGGAUCUAUUGUUAUUUUGUAUUAAUGUUUCUAUAUGUCAACUGUAACCACAUUUUAAUAAACUGUGUAACCCAA